GAAGGAAGGAAGGAAGAUUACAUCACUCCAGCCGCCUAGGGCUGAUUGGAUGAACUGGCAGCAUCCAAAUAAUCAAAACAAUCCAUCACAAAAUGUGCAACACCAACAAUGUCCAACUGCCACAUGAAUUGCUGCAUCGUCACAAUGGCUGCACCAAACAGCCCAGGAUAUCUGUCCCGAACAGAUUGCAAGGCAGGGCACUCAAACACAAGGUGGCGCUCAUCCCCAAUAACCUGCUGGGCACAACGCAUGCACAAACGCUGGGGCCGGGGAAUCCUUGCCCAGCGGCCCGAGACAUUGGGCAGACUAUGACAACCCAUCCUGAACUUCAACAGUAUACGCAAGCAACGGGCACUCAAAGGCUGCUGUAAGAGCUGGCAAGGGUGGCGCACACAAGCUGGCCUAGCAAACCAUCUGUGAUAUGUACACAAGGUGGCAUUGCUGGACGGGCAGGUCCUAGGGCAAAUGUCAAUGUCAUCCCAAACCUGCAGUGCUUGCGCAUCUAGCAGCUGCAUCACAGCAUCAACUUCCACAGGAACAAGGGUGUCAAACCGAAUAACAAACUCAUACCCAAUCCGGCGCAAGCCCCGCAUGAAGGCCCAAGCCCAAUUCUUAACAGUACGGGUUAUGGCAUCCCAACAAUCAUCAAGGGCCACUUGCCUGUGAAAAUUAUUUGCAGGCAAGGCAGCCAAAUUGUUCCAGAACUUGAUAAUGCGCCGCCACCACACACAAUCAAGGGUCUGCUGAUUCAACUCCUUAAGCAAGAUGGCACCAUGCACAGAGGUGGGGACGCCAGCAAUGUCUCUCAGAAUUUUCAGGUGAGAGGAGGCCAAGGCAGCCCGGCCCCGCCGGCUGUCGCCACCAGGAAGGCUGCGCAGGCCCCACACCUCACAACCGUAGGAGGCAGUCGGCGGCACACAUGCAUCAUAUAGGCGCAACAACAGGCCAGCUGACAUGCUGCAAUGCAACUUCCCAUAUUGCUGCCUGAGCUGUGCCCACGCACCCCACAUGUUCCUGUGAAGCUUGCCAAAGGUGAGAUUAAUGCCUUGGGCACCGUCAAAAAGGGCACCCAGGCGUUUGGGAGUGCUAGUCCUGCCCUUGCAGCCCGUUCUGGGGGCCGCGUAGGAGGCAGCUCCUUCAGCUCAGCUCGGAGCUCCAGCAGUGCAGGUUCCUCAGCUCGCAGCUACAGCAGCGCUGGGUCUUCAUCACGAAGCUUUGGUAGUGGCAGCAGCUAUAGCAGCAGGAGCAGCAGCGCACCUUACGGCGGCGGUGGCGGGCUCAACAUCGGCAGCCUGCUCCUCUUUGGCAUCGUGGCGUACUUCGCAGUGUCGGCGCUCCAAUCCUACUUUAAUAACUCCUCGGACACUGACAGCUAUGGUGCGCCCCCUCCUCGGGUGACCGUGGCCAAGCUGCAAGUGGGUUUGCUGGGCUCGGCGCGCUCUCUGCAGAAGCAGCUGGACCGCAUCGCCUCGCGUGCAGACACCAACAGCCCCUCAGGCCUCCACUACAUUCUGCAAGAGACGGUGCUGCAGCUGGUGCGCAACCCGGAGUAUGUGCAGUAUGGCGCCAGCGUGGUGAGCAAUCAGCGCGACCUGGACCGGGGGGAGGCCAAGUUCAACGAGCUGAGCGUUGAGGAGCGCUCCAAGUUCAAGGAGGAGACCCUCGUCAACGUCGGGACUGGGAUUCCAGAGUACAUAGUGGUGACCAUCCUGGUGGCAGCCAGCGGGAAGCUGGACCUGCCAAAGGUGUCCUCUCAGGACCAGCUUGUGAAAGCGCUCAAUCGGCUGGCAGCAGUUCGUGAAGACCAGGUGAUGGCAGUGGAGGUGCUGUGGACGCCAGAGGAUGAGGAUGACACAUACAGCAGGGAUGAGAUGCUGCUGGAUUAUCCCGUCCUCAACAAUCUGUAG